AUGGAUUCCUCACCAUUGAAGCAUAAUACGCCUAGAUCAGAUGAUAAUGAAGAUGACCCCGUUGGCUCUAAUUUACGAUAUGUUGGAUACGGUCAGCGAUUGAAACAAUUGUUCACCGAUUUUGGGAAAUAUAUCUACCUGGAAAAACUGCAUCUAUUUGGAGCAAUUCGCGAAUCGGAUGGUCUAGGAAAAGAAUUGAGUUCCAUUUCCAAAACUUUGAAGACAUCAGGAGAAAAUUCUCAACUUAUGUCCGAAAGCGCUCCCAAGAUCUUGAUUGAAGAAGGUUCAAUAUUGGCAAAACAGGCUGGUCCAGCUGGUAAGAGGGCAAUUUCUCUAGCCAAUGAAUCCUCCAUAAUUAGCCAAGCUAAGUACCUUGGUAAGUCAGCUACAACCGUAGCAAAACAAACAAGAAAUACAUCCCAAGAGUUGCAAAUUUUGACUAAACAAUCUCAAUUGCCCUCUAUGAUCACUUCCCAGAUGGUGAAACCAGCCAUUGGGAAGGUCAGGAUGACUAGUGGUAGAAUAAGAAAAGCGGUGGAUAUCCAAGAGAUGAUCUCAGGAGCACUUGAUAAGACGGAAAAUCGCAGUGAUGAACAACGAUUUCGAAGACAGAAAAUUAAAAUGAAAAUAAUCAAGGUUUGUGGUAUUAUGUCUUGGACUUACAUAGGGGGUGAUGUGCUUCAUGAAACCAUGAAAGAAUAUUAUAGAGAACUCGGACUGGAAUCUUCAACAGACGAAAUGAAUGCUGCUAGAGAAUCUAAUUAUAAACUUGUUUUUGUUGAAAGAACCCUUUUUCAUUCAAUUUCAACCAUUGCAAUCCCAAGUGUUGCCAUAAAAUACAUACUAAAAUUUUCAGGAGAAAACAUUUUCAAUUCGACAACGUAUGAAUAUUUGCACGGCCUCGCCAGCAACUCUAGACUAUUUCCAUUUCUAGCAAGAAAAUUUGGAGGCAUGUCAGAUAAUUUUAUGAAACAAAUAUUUUAUAAAGGUGGACCAUUUUUGGCCGUUUCAAUUAUUUUUCCACUAAUUCCAAAAUACUGUGAUAAGGUAAUUGAAACGCUGUUGGACAAUAGUUUGAGGAAAUUUUGGAAAAAGCUAGCUUAA